GCGCCAGAAAAAGAACUAACAUAAUCGGCUUUUGUUUUAAUUCAAAGGUGUAUCGAUUUAUGUUAAAACACCUGUUAUAAUGGUUCGGUCAUGUUAUGACGUCAGGUGGAGUUGUAGGGAUUCAAAAAAAUCCACGCAACAGUAUAAAGAGCGGAAAGGAUUGAGGAGGGGGUGCAGUUCUGCUUUGGCGACAGGGAUAGCUGCAUUCCAACAUGUAAGAGAAAAUAUAGACGAUCUUGACGGACAUAACGGAAUUAACGAGACUGAUUUAAUAUUCCUUAAAGGACUAAUGGAUAGUCCUGUGAUGAAAAAUUUAGUUAAGGUCCAAGAUCGCCUAGAAGAUCCUCCAUCUUUACCGAAACCGACGUCAACCGAAGGCAAGGAACUGCUCAAGGACUUAUCCUUACGCUGCGGCCGUUCUAGGAACCGGGAAGCUCGCGAGUUAGCCUCUCUGCUAAAUCAGCCGCACAUCAAAGCACUAAUCGACACACAUGACGAAGUAGCGGAGAUCGUCGAGCAUCCGGAAAUUUAUUCGAAACAGAAAAAAGACGACACGCCCAAAUUAUUUCCCAACGGGAUGACUGGAGACGCCAUGAGGAUGGUCGGGGUCCGGAAGAAGGCCGGAGAACCUCUAGGCCUGACGGUUCAAGUAGAUGACAAUGACAACCUGGUAAUAGCCAGAAUAAUGGAAGGCGGCAUGAUCGAAAAGCAAGGCCUCCUGCACAUCGGCGACUGUAUUUUAGAAGUAAAUGGCACCCAAGUCCACACACCAGAAGAUCUCCAGACUGAAGUAGCCAAAUCCAAAGACCAUGUAACAUUGAAAGUGGGAAACACAAACUACAGCCCAGAAACUCAUUCUGCCCUUGUCAAUGGAUCUAAUGGAGUUUCCAAAAGGCUUACAUGUUACAUGCGAGCUCUCUACGAAUACAACCCCCAAGAAGACACAUUAUUGCCCUGCAAAGAAAUCGGUUUACCAUUCGAUAGGGGCGAUAUCCUUCAAAUCGUAGAUCAACGGGAUCCGAAUUGGUGGCAGGCCAAACAAGUGGGAGGCGAUGGAAGAACAGGCUUGAUCCCGUCGUUGGAACUUGAAGAACGACGUAAAGCUUUCGUAGCUCCCGAAGCAGAUUUUGUGCACAAAAUAAGCAUAUGCGGCGCUAGAAUUUCCAGGAGGAAAAAGAAGAUUAUUUAUCAGAGUAAAAGCAGCGCUGACUUUGACAAAGCUGAGCUGUUAUUGUACGAGGAAGUUACUAAGAUGCCGCCAUUUAAGAGAAAGACUUUGGUUCUUGUUGGUACUCAGGGUGUUGGAAGAAGAACGUUGAAGAAUCGUUUGAUAAACAGCGAUCCUGAGAAAUUUGGAGGGGUGGUUCCUUUUACUACCAGGCCACAACGUGUCUUGGAGGAAAACGGGCAAAGCUACUGGUUCACAGAUCGUGAAACCAUGGAGGAAGAAAUCAAACAAGCAAAAUUCUUGGAGUAUGGAGAGUACAAUGGACAUUUUUACGGCACCCAUUUGGAUUCCAUUAGAGAUAUUAUCAAGCAGGGAAAAAUGUGCAUAUUGGAUUGUAGUCCGAUGUCAUUGAAAACUCUUCAUAACAGCUCCGAAUUUUUGCCUUAUGUUAUUUAUAUUGCUGCACCUGGUAUGGAGCAUUUAAAGACCCUGUAUGAUGCCGGAAAGAGCAAUUCGAGAUAUAGCAGCAGGAAUUUAACGUUUGAACGACAGAGCUCGAUUCGUUAUAGUUCAAAAAGGGCAAGAACAUUGGAAUCAUUAGCAUCUUUAUAUGAAGAGGAAGAUCUGAAACGAACACUCGAAGACAGCGCAAGCAUGCAACGCACCUACGAUAAAUAUUUCGAUCAAGUGAUCACGAAUAACGAUUUUGACACAACGUUCCGUGAAAUCAUAGACGCCUUGGACUCCUUGACAACUGAACAUCAGUGGGUGCCUGUCAACUGGAUUUACUAAAAUGUAAAGUUAAAAAACCGACUGCCAUAAUGUAAUGUUAAAAACACAGCUCGUAUGUGAUAGUGUCAGAUUUUUUGUUUGUUUUUAAUUGAAAAAAGUUUGAGUUUUUAGAUUUAUACAUAGUUGAAACCGCUCAGUACAUCACAAGUGUUAAAUUUUAAACUAUUAAAGCUUAGUACUGAAAAGCUAUUUUAUAUAAAAAUGAUAAAUUAUGGCCUAAAAUCACCGCUUUUAUAUAAAGUUAAGUAUACGUAGAGACAAGUAUUCAAUUCUCUCACUAAAUUAUGUCAAAAAUACUCUUUGUAGCUAUAGAAUUAGUUAUUAAAUUUGUUACUGUAGAAUUUUUGUUACAAUAAUGGCCGUAUGCAGAAAGGUUAGUUAGGAUUUUUUGGCUUAAAAAACGAUCGAGCAGAAAAAUCAAAACAAUCCUUUCUGCAUACGAUUAAACUUAAUAAAAAAAGUUAAAAAGUUUUAAAUAUUAAAGCUUAGAUUUAACUAGUUUUAAACCUAGUUUAAGUGUUAAAAUCUACUUAUUUUAUUUUAUUGGAGACGUUCUAUAAUAAUGUCCAAAGAUGUACAAAUAAUAUUAACAUCGAAUAUAGGAAAAUUUAGAAUAAUGUAAAUAAACAAAUAAAACUUAAAAACAGAGUUCGCCGUACUAAGAACGUAAAAAGGUAGUAGUCCUUUCUAUGUCGUAAAAUAUUUGUUUUACCUCCUAUAAGUUCAUAGAUAAAUCAUUAUUAAAACAAAAAUAUAUGGAGUUAAAACCAACAUUUAUAAGAACAAGUUUGGAUGCAAGAGACAGCCUUAGGACUUCUCGCUACCCGUUAAGUGUAGAUUAAGAUUAAUUAUACAAUUUAUGUUAUGUAAUUGUGCUUAUAUUAUUAUUAUUAUUAUUAUUAUUAUUAUUAUUAUUAUUAUAAUUAUUUUAACCGUCCAAGUGUUCAGGGAAGCAAUUAUUUUCAGAUUGUUUAAUUUUUUAUUAUUAUUAUUUGUAGAUAUACAUAUUUUUGCAGUUUAUGCGUAUUAAGUUGUUUAUUAUUAAAUAAAUAUACAGAUUUUGCACUAUUUUUCGUUUUAUUAUACAAGGUAAGUAUCUCCAUUUGAAAAGUCUCCAUAGAAUGUAAUAUACGAUUUUGUAAAGCAUCAGACACAUUUGUAUUUAUUUGUUCUUAUACCUACCUACGAUCAUGAGAUUUACAACUUUCAGUUGCCGGCAACGGCAACUGAAAGGGCUGCCGGCAACGGCUACCGAAUUGUCUGCCGG